GGUGGUGGUAAAUUCAAGUCUUGUUCAGAUGUGAGAAGGACAAAGGGUUUGGUCGGGAAGCUGGAAACAGUGCUGUCAAAGGGUUCCUGUUAGACCCACGGAAAGUCACCGCUCUGGGAGUCUGAGUGAUGAGUAGUGGCUGCAGCUCAGGGCCAGAGGCAUGGACCAGCCGGAAGGAAUGAUGUAGAAGAAUCUCCCUCCCUACCUUCUCCAGCCUGACCAUGUGGACGGAACCAGGCAUGGUUGAGACCCUACGUGACUCAGCCCCUCUUAAUUUCUCAGAGAGGAGGAGGAGAAGAGCGAGGAAGAGGGAGAGAUUGAGACUCAAAGGCAGCUGCCAGAGAGGCGCCUGGCAGCUGAUGUACUGAUCCCCAGCUGGUGCCGAUACAUGGGCAUGAUCUAUGGGCAUUAUUUCUGCAUAGAGCCCACAUCCUCGCCUAGCUCUGGGUGCAGAGUCCCUGACUGGUUCCUGGCACCUUUACGGAUACAAAGAGCAAACAAGUGAACACAAAUCUCUAUGCCCAAAGCGUGGGUGCCCGAGUGCGAGGCUGGUUUGAGAAGGGCUCUGGGGACAUUCAUUGUGGGCUCCAGUAGGACCCUUUAUCCAAACAGCUGCAGAGCGCAGACAGAACUGGGACAUCAUGGUAGCCCAGAUGGGAGAGGACUGAUUGCCCACGCCUCCUUGCCAUGGAUCCAUGUCAGAAUGGCACAGCUGCUCUGAAAGGCUUGGGCUGCAAACCACAGACAGUGCUAAUUGGGAUCGUGCUCACUGUACUCAUUGUGGUCAUCGUCUGCGGCAAUGUGGUCGUCUGCCUGGCUGUCUCCUUCAACCGCAAGCUCCGCAGCCUGACAAACUGCUUCAUUGUCUCCUUGGCUGUUACCGACCUGCUGCUGGGCCUCCUGGUGCUCCCCUUCUCCGCCAUCUACGAGCUCACGUGCGAGUGGCACUUCGGCCCCACCUUGUGCAACAUCUACAUCAGCCUGGACGUCAUGCUGUGCACGGCCUCCAUCCUCAACCUCUUCAUGAUCAGCAUAGACCGCUACUACGCCAUCACAGCCCCGCUCCGCUACACCCAGCUGGUCACCCCUCUGCGGGUGGCCGUGGCCAUGUUCGUCACGUGGGUGGUCUCACUGAUGGUCUCCUUCCUGCCCAUCCACCUGGGCUGGAACACCAAUGGCACUGGUGUGCAGAACACAGGCUUGAACAACAGCACGGAGUGCAAGCUGGCGGUCAACGCCGUGUACGGGCUGGUGGACGCCUUGCUCACCUUCUACCUUCCCUUGGUCAUUAUGUGCAUCAUGUACUACCGGAUAUUCCGAAUCGCCAGGGAGCAAGCCAAGAGGAUCAACCACGCCACCUGCUGCAAGGCCGUCAGCCCUGCGCUGCUCACUGUGAAAGAGCACAAGGCCACCGUGACGCUAGCAGCCGUGCUGGGGGCAUUCAUCAUCUCCUGGUUCCCUUAUUUCACAGUGUUCACUUACCGAGGGAUGGAGGGGGACAAGGUGGAUGAGACGUCCCAGUCCAUAGUUUUAUGGCUGGGCUAUGCCAACUCAGCCCUGAACCCCAUCUUGUACGCUGCUCUGAACAGGGACUUCCGGACAGCCUACCAGCGCCUGUUCCACUGUCGAAGGGUGGGGCCCCUCUCCAGGAGCACUCCCCUCACCCCCACACAUCUGCCCCACUCCAGGGGGAGAGCCCGCAAGCAAGCACUGAGCGUGCAGGAAGAUAAGCCUCUGAGGAUGCUGGUGAGGAACGGGAAGGAGAACUCACUCGCUCAAGAAGCCAUGGAAAGGAGUCCCACCCCAUCCUGUGGCUCGACCUCCUCCACCAUCCUGUCCUGCUGGAGAGGCCUCUGGCUGGCCAAGUUCCUUCCCAAGAGGGACAUGUGGAUCCCGGGGUGUGAGGAGCCGGCGACAGAGCUGCAGAAGAGGGUGAAGCCCCCAACGUCCCCGAGGGUCAUUUACUGUCUUUUCUCCUGAGCCAGGAUGGAUGGACCAGCGGAGUGCUGAAUGCCAUCAAUACCGGACAAGCCCUGCUCAGGACCCAGAGACGCAGCCGAGCACCACGUCCAGCAUCUCGCUCUCCACAGGCGGAUCACUGGGGGCUGUUUGCAAACCCAGCGACAUGGAUCUGUAACACAAUCCACCAUUCUGUGUGGGUGUGCUCCUGUGUGGGCAUGGCUGUGUGUGUGCACAGGGGUAUGUCUGUACGCACCCCAUGUGGGCACAGCUGUGUGUGUGUAUGCACACGUGCACGGCUCUGUGCUCACGCACAAACCCGCCUGUGCACUAGGGUGCAGGCAGAAGGAAGGGCUCAUGCCUGCCUCCUCCCCAUGCAGGCUGGAUCCAUCUGAUCCCUGGUUCUUGUUCCCACCCCAAAUGUGGGGCAGAGUGGCAGGAGAGGAGGGGAAGAGAGACCCUACCCCCGUUGCAUGUGCCCCAGCAAAGCGGGCUCUGGGGGCCAGCACGGGCUCUCCCUGCCCGCAUCAGCGCAUUGUCCUUGUCUCCUGAUGUCUGCGUUAAUUCCCCUUGUCUAAUUCGAAUGUCCCUUUCUCCCAAGCACCCUGAACAGCUGCACGUGUCCCAGGUCUCCCCACGGCCUAACCCCCUGGUGUCCUGGCUUCACACACCCAGCCAAGCGAGGAGUGUGGGUCGGAGGAGAACACAGAGGCAGGACGAGAGCCCCAGGAAGUGGAUCCCAGAGCAGAAGGCCUGGAGCUGGGGGGCAGAGAGAUGAAAGGGUCAGCGGGGGCGAGGGGCGUGACUCCAUUGCAUGGUACUGGGACAUCAGCUCUGCUCGUGGGUUUUGCUGUGUCCACAGCAGCCCAGCCGGGUAUCUCUGAAGUACAGGCCCAGACGGGGCUGAGUCCCGGGGGGAUUGGGGUGGGGGGGUUUCAAGAGGCAACCGGCAAAGGGCCAAUCUGGACAGUGCCUGAGAUGACAGAUCUGAGGCAGGGAGCUCGUGGUGGCAACACGUGAUUGUGUCUUUGCCUCUGGGUGUCGUUUAUCAGCUCUGUCCUCGCCCGGCCUGCCCAGCGCUCAGGUCCUCCCAGGGCCCUUCCCGGGGGACUGAGAACUGGGCCUCCCACUCCAAGGCCUUCUGCUCAGUCCUCGCUCCGGCAAGGGCCCCAGCGCGAUGAAGGGGACAUACAUGCUGCUGCAUGCCCAGCUCCCUGCGUCUGCUUUUGGACGGAGUAUGCAGGGCUGGUGGUAACUGUGACCUGGGGAGACCCGGCUUCUCCCCCUCCCCUUCUGCACCCUGGCCUGAGUCUAGAACUUGUAGGGGCCUCUUGUCUCCUGGGCUGCGUGAGCCGGGAGGGGUCAGUGCCCCACGCCGGGGGGCAGUGGUGGGAUGUUACACCUGACAGUUCACCACACCAGGGCCGCACUAACAAAUGCAGCCAGAGGCCCCAGGCGAGGUGUCGGCUCGUGCCCUCCUUGGCUUUGUUCACUCGGCCAGGUCCAUCCAGUGUUUAGACCCUGGGCUGUCCGUGGGUACAUGCUGUGCUGGAGAAGGCUGCUGUUUGUUGUUUAUGGCUCUAAUCCCCCCAGGUGCCCAGUGCACAGGGAGACGCUUCCACUGCCAGCCGACCUGGAUUGCAAAACCAGGGCAGCUGUGCGGUAAUCGAGCUUCCCAGGCCAGGCGUCUGCGGAGCUGCCCUGGCUGUCAGCAGGAUACUGUUAAAGGGUAUUCCUCCCCCGGCUCCCACUGCCCCGAAAAACCAAACCCAUCUCAUGCUGGGCCAGGCACCCGAUCUCCCAGCCAGGCCCGGCAACGACAACCUUGCAUUUGACUCCCAGACAAGCCACUCUGUGGGGCUGGACGAGCGAAGGCCUGGGGCAGGGCACUGCUGGCCAUGCUGGGCAUGGAGGGGAAGGGGAACGUCUACACCUGCUUAGAAAGAGGGGAAGGCUUGGGAUCAGGGGGCUGGGGGAGUGAUUGACAGCUGUCACUCUGAUGUGCUUGAUCAGGAAAGGUCAAUAUAUAUUUUUUUAUUAAAUUAAAAAAUUGGGGGGGGGCAUUAAAUUAUUUACAUCUGGGGAAACGACCCUCUCCCCAGAACGGCACCCCCUGCCCCUUGCUCUCUGCCUCUCCUUCUCCCCACCCGACCCCCCUCACCCAGCUAGCCGCAGCUAGGUCAGCCUGGGAGCUCGCGGGGGCAGGGACCGUGUUGGAUCAGUUCAAUGAGAUGUUGUGAGCUGGACACACGGUGUAAGGAGGAGCAAGGAGGAGCCAGACACUUGGGGCUGGGCCAGGGCGGGUGCAACCCCCUGGGAUGGGGUGUUUGGGGCUGGACCCCCUGUGUCCCCCCCAUGCAGGCAGUGCUAUAUCACGAUGCCGUCUCUGGUUCCCCGGCUCGGGCACCGUUUCCCCUUGUCUCUGUUUGGUGAGAUGCUGUUCAUCGCUCCUGGUAGCCUGAGGCCUGGUGUCCAGGCAGCACCAUGUGCAACCUCGGCAGCGAGGCCUCUACCUGGCGCCCUAGGGCCGUGCCAACCCUCCUCCCCGGCUGCGGGGAUUUUCCAGCUCAGUCCCAGGGUGAGGUGCAUCCUGAAGGGCUCCUGGCGCAAAACCCGGCCCUGCUAAGCCGAUGGGUGUUGGCUGAGCAGGGCCCGAGCAACGAGCCAGGCCCGCAACGUGGUCUCAAGGGUAGAACGCCUCCCCCUUUGCUCUCUACCUGUGCGAGCCCCAGGGGGCUGAAAACCCUUGCUUCCCCCGUGUGCUCCUGUGUGCUUGUGUGUGUGUGUGGAAGGCACUGUCCUUGGGCCAGCGUUAGUCCCUGCAUCCGUCUCAAGGCCGGGCCUGCAUGGCAACAAGCCACAGGCCGGAGAGCCAGCGUGAGGGGGAACCCCUGGGGACUACCUCUCCGCUCCAUGUUAGGAAGAGAGGCCCCUUUCCAAUGAAUAAAGCUGAUCGCUCCUGUCCUGCAGUGAGUGCUGAUGUCGGAUCCUUCCCCUGCGGGGCUGAGGGGGGCUCCCGGCUCUCAGGUGAGCCUCAGGCGGGU